UUUAGCCUUCACAACAGCGGCUAAAACAACGGAUCAUCCGGCAAAUCAGACUGAGCCUGCCAGGAGCCGGAGUCUUCAUCAUUUUAGCAGCUUUAGCAAGAAGUCGAUCAUCAUCAGCGCUAAAUCUGCUUGCCACUGACUCGGGGAUGUCAGCAUUUUAUAGCAUUUGCAAUUGUCGAAAAACACCACGUGAAUCGUAGCGCAGCCCGUAUUUCCCGAGAUCUGGGGAUGUCACAUCUCGGGGCUUGCACUUUCUUCCUGAAGUGAACGAGCUGCGACCAGCGUGUGCUGUAUAAGUUUUUGACCAAUGUUACUGAAUGUUCGUGUGAGGAAGGGUUUGCGGCUGAUGGUCAAACCUCAGAGCUCGGACUGAGUUAUUUUCCUCGUAUGGAAAAGGUCAGCUUUACAUUAGUUACUGACGAAUCAAACAUCGAAACUGACAUUUUAAUUGGCAAGAUUGAUGAACUCCAUGCGAUUUGAUGCAAUGAUGCACAGAGCGGCUGGAGCACAACUUCUGGGAAAUGUUGACGCCAACAAGAUCUUUCUGAUUCUAAUGUAUCUCGACUCCGUCAUCACAGUGAGAACCAACCCACCAGAAUGCGAAAUUCCCAAUAUCCUCAAAAAACAAGAAGAGAAAUGUUUUGAGAAGUUGACAAAUGAUAAAAGCAUAUUUGAGAAGCAAAGGUUUCAAGCAGGCUGCGAAGGAAUGUGGGAUAACUUGACGUGUUGGCCCUUCUCCUCAUUUGGAAAGACUGUUACCCUACCUUGCCCCAAUGUGAUCUAUCUUUUGGCUCAAAAGGAAGGUUUUAUUUCUCGAAACUGCACAAGUGAGGGGUGGUCUGAUACAUUCCCUGAAUACAGAACAGCUUGUGGAUAUGAUAUGGAUGAUACCACAAAUGAUGCCAAGGUGUGUAUGUAG